AUAGCCGAUAUAGUAACUGGCUUAUUCACUCAAAAGGAUAAUUCACUGGAAAAUAAUAUUCCUCGUAUAUAUCCUUUGUAUCAUGUUGUUGAUGAGUAUAAGAAUUUUUUAUCUUCCGAAGAAUAA